UGUUAAUUUAAACAAAUAAUUGUAAAUAUUUAAAUAGCUUUAUUAAGGUACAUAAGAAAAUGUUCUGGAAUGUGGUACAUUUUCUCCAAGAAAAUUCAGUAGAAGCUGUACCAAGUGAAUGGUACAAUGAUAAAUUAAAAAAGUGUGCUUGGCCAAAAGAUAGAUCUAAAAUCAAAAUGUACAUUGAAAAACAACGUCAAGUGAACACUUAUGAAUUUAAUUUUUAUGCUGCGAGGAUUUUAAAGGGCGGUGAAAAUAUUGAAACCUUGGUUGAAGCUCGUUCAAAAUCUAAAGAUGCACAAUUCAUAUCAGAAUUAUCUGAAGAUCAUAAUCAUGCUAUCAAGAAAAGAAAGAAAAAAAAAAGGUACGAUACAAAUGUCAUCUCCUCACCUGAAUCAAUGUCACCAGUUACUAAACAUUCAAGUGAUGAUGAUGAUUGUCCAACUUUAAAUACUUCAUUAGACUUGUUUUGCUCUUCAGAUCAUUCCCAAUCAUUUAUUUCUAAGCCUAUAUCAAGCAGUACUCAAAAAAGAACUAAUGGUGUGGAUAAAUUAAAAGAAAAAAAUUCUCAACAUAUGCAAAAUUCAAUGAAUAAUACUGCUAAUAUUAAUAUCUCAGAAUUUGCUGAUCAAGUUUUUUCAAAAAUGGAUUAUUUUUACAAACGAAUGUACAACUUUAUGGCUUUUAGCAAUACAGAAUUUCAAAAUUUAGCUCAAGGACAAGAAGAAAUAAAAAAAUUAAUCAACACUGCCAAUAUAAUUGCUACUGAGCAUUCAGAUGAUUUUGAACCAUAUUGUUGGCCUAUUUCUUCAUUUGAAGAGCUUGAGGAGAUAGAGAAUAAGCUUGGUGACAGAGAUUUUAAAAACAAACUUAUUUUACAGCUGGGUAGAAUUGGAGGAAAGACUGCUAAAGAAAUAAUAAAAAAAAUCAUGGCAACCAUAUUUUCAGAUGCUAUUCUAAAUCAAUACUCAUAUACUGGUUUCAAAGGAAAAACCAUUUAAUAAUCUUAUGGUGAACAGAGUUAUAUUUGAAACAGUCAGAAAAGAUAAACGGUUCUUCAAUAUAACAGACAAUGAAAUUGAACAAUAUUUAAAACAGUGGAUUUCUCAAGCUCCUUUCCGCGGAGAAUACGCUAAGAACAGAAAACUAAAGAAUAGAUUAACAUGUGAUAUAAAUAACACAAAUUAAUCUAUGUCUUAACUUUAUA